UAUGGUUGAUAGUUGUUGUGGUUGCAUUGAUCUUAAUGUCGGAGGGCUAAUAAUUGGAUGGGUAUUUCUUGUCAGUUAUUGCAUUGGACUUGCUGUUGCAGUAAUAUGCCUUAUUGUCUUUCCUAUUAUUAUGAUUGGAUCCUCUGCGGAAGUAGCUGGGAUCAUCGCAGUCAUUGUCGGUUUCUUGAUUCUCAUCGUAAUAUUGGCCAUUUUAGCAUUCAUAUCUUAUCGGUUCAUCGAUGGAAUUAAUACAAUGAACUACAAAAAAGUCAUUCCAUUCCGUAUUCUUUGUAUCUGUGGCAUCGUUUCCUGUGUCAUAACUAUUUUGGGAAUAGUGGGAUCUAUAAAUUCUGCACAUAGUUCGGGUUAUAUUGUCAGCAGAUUUACGUCUGUUAUUAUAAAUCUCGCAAUCUGUAUCUACAUAUUUCUCGUUGUUAAUUCAAUCUACGAAAACUUAAAAGCGCCAGUACUGCCAACGACUAUAAGCUCAGGAUCGAAUCAACUCAAUUUAAAUGUUAUCACUGUCCCUCCGCAAAAUCAACAGAACGCACCCAUUGCGGAUUUUGAUCAACCCCCGAAGUAUUAAUUUUAAACAUUAAUCAACGAACACAAACCUCUGCUAAUGUUCACAUAGAAAUAAUACUAAAAUUUAUGGAUGUCUCUAAAUGUUAUCUUCCGAUUAAAAAGUUGCAAAUGUUCGCUUUCUAUUGUAAGUUGUCCUUGAGUUAGUUUUUUCCCUUAUGUUGCGUGAA